AGGACGCAGGCGUGACGCCGCUGAUCCUGCGACAGGCGCACGGAGGCUGAGGGUCCGUUAACGCAACGGUCGUAAAGUAAACCACUAAUGUGUGCAUUUCAAAGAAACAUACUGCUGUUGUGUCGAUAAUAUCAGAAGCACGUCAUGGAUAUGCACACAAGCAUGUGUGUUUACAAUGGAGCAGAUCGUCUCUUUGAACAUAAAUAACAGAAGAGCACAGGCGCAGUAGGAUCUACUCGAACAACCAGUUUUUUUAGUGUCAGUGCUGUGGUCUCCAGCAUGGGCAGACUGGACGACGCUGCCAAGCGUAAGGUGGUGGAGCUGCGGGAAGCAGGUUUGAGCUUCCGUAAAAUCAAAGCCGUGCUGGAGCUGGAGAACAUCAAGGUGUCAGCGCAGGCCAUCUACCUUUUCCUGAAGGAGUUUCAGGGCAGAGCUCGAAAGAAGGACGGAGCAGCUGCGAACAGCAGUCAUUCGGUGCCGACGUCAGCGAGGGAGGUGGGCAGCUCUGAGACUCGGCCGGCCGGCUGGAGCGAUCAGCAGCUCAGAAACCUCCUCAGAGAAGCUUCUCGAGUCGCUGCCUCCCAGCAGGCCGGGGCGUCCUCCGAUGGGAGAGGAGGACAGUCCUCCAGGACGGGUUCAGCAGGCAUAAGAGAGGCACAAGGAGGGGAAAAAGAUGAGGAUAUCCGGAUUGUCAGCGUCACCUCGUUGGCACAGGGUACACAGCACACUGGCGUCCAAGGGCCACGUUCAGGAGUGGGAACCGGAGCGAUGAGUGGUGCUAAUUAUGUAAGACGACGACACACACCUUCACCUGCCAAUCCUGUGCUAGUGGCUCGCAAACGACUGCUGGACAAGGCUUUGCUCCAUAGAGCACGGGUCAGAGACGGCGUUCCUCAGAGCGGCCAGCAGGUGUCGCUGUCAAUGAGAAGAGACCCAUCUUGUUUCUCUGGAUCUGAAGGCAGGAAGCUUGCUUUAGCUCAGACAUCAUCUUAUGACCUGACUACAGCCAGGCCUCCAAACAUAAGAUCAUUGCACCAAGGAUCCAGUCCUCACAGGAGGUGGAUGCACCAGCGGGUUAGCGCUCCCGUUCGUGCUCCUCAACACCCUCCGCGUGUUGGCAUCCGCAUAUCCGACUCAUCCACCACUGGGACAACGUCCCAAAAUCCAGCCCCCCCUGCACGGGUACAAAACAUGACCAACCAGCCCUCACCUCCUCCCCAGCGGUGCGGCCUGGACCCUGGAGCCGUGAGCGGCCUGCAGGAACAGAUCCAGCUGUUGGGCUCCGAGCUGAGAAGUUUGGGACUGGCGCUGAGGAUGAUGGUGGACCAUCAGGGCCGACUGGAGAGAGAACAAGCCCAGCAGACUCAAGUCCAGAAGCAGAUCCUCAGCACCCUGCAAGACCUCGCAUCCAAAUACGACCCUCUGCAGUCUGCGUCUGCACCGGCGUCUUGUUCCCUGGCCUCCUCUGCGCCCUUCGGCCAGACUGCGGCCGGUCAGGGCGCUUACGCUCAGUGCAGCCAAGCUCAGACACGAUACAACGAAAUCCAUGAUUCUGGCCUAGAGAGCAUUGAGGUGUUUUCUCUAGACCAGCUCAGCCCACCCAGCAUGAAUGGGUUUCAGCAGUGCCCGACCUCCGGGGGGCCCCCGUUCACCCACACACAAGCACGCACGCCAACAUACACACACACACACUCUCAAACAUUUGCACCCCAGUACACACAGCCACACACAGACUCCUUUACAGGGAUGGAUGAUAAAUCAGUAGACAUGCCCUCCACCAGUACAGACGGGUCAUUCCUGGCCUGUAGCCCCCCUAACCAGUCCUCUAGUCUUCCGGUUUCACCACACGAGCCCGAGCUGAACAUCAUUAAGGUGGAGAAUGCCUAAAAAUAGCUCAAAUCUGUACUUCACGGUCCAAAUACUUUGGAUUACAGUCUAUUUUAUUGUGCACAACUGUUUUAGCUUCCAAGAGAUUGAAACUCGUACAAAAAAAAAAAAAAAGUUUCCUAUGUUUUCAGUUUUAUUUAAUUAUACACAGUAAUUUUGUCUUUUUAUAUGAAAUAUUUCAGUUUUUAAAAGAAAAUAAAUAUCCGUAGACAUAGUUUGUGCUGUUAUUUUUGUAUUACGGUUUAUUUAAGCACAGUAUCAUAGUAAAACACUCACUGGUUUAGAAAAUGAAAACCUGAACAGUAAUAGUUUGUUGAAUUAUCAUUUUUAGAUGUUUAAUACAGGUAUGGUCUAUUCUAAUGUUUUAAGAUUGAAAUAGGAAUGAAACUUCUGUUUUACAAAUAAAUAUUUGAUCAUAAA